AUGAAUAAGAUACUAAUAACAUCGAAUUUGUCACGCAUUUCAGGACAUUUUGUCAUCAAGAACGCUAAUACAUACCGUUACAUUGCUUCUAAGCCAUCUGUUAUACGAAGUUUGGAGGAUUUAUCGAAGCUUGAAUCGUUAGAUGGCGUUGGUCCAAAGCUCAUUAAAAGACUGAUCGAGAAAAGGACUGAAGAAUUGAAUAUCAAAAAUGAAUUGGAGGUACUGAAGAAGUUUCAAAAUGAGGAAGGAGAAGUGAGGAAGCUUUCUCUCAGAAAAUUCACGAGACCUGCUUGGAUUUUGUUAAUUAUGAGUUCUACCGUGUUUUUAUGCUGCAAAUACCUCUGGUGUCAGCUUGAAUAUAAUCAAAGAGAACAAGAGUAUCAGCAAGAGGUUGCUAAACUCGAAAAAGAGCUCAACUUGUUAAUGAAUCAAGAGAAUGACAGGGAAAAUAACAAAAAAUGGUAUCGUCGUUGGUUCUAA